AUGACUGAGCCAAACUCUGCCCCGCACGACGAACGCGACCCCGCGGCCACGGCCGACGCGAACGAAACACGCGACGACGACAAAGAUGGGCACAAGCCACGAGACAGCAGCGGCUGGGACGGGAAGCUGCGCAUAGACAAGAUGACUAUCGGCGACGAACCUAGAGAUCCACAUGCACAGGUUGUGAGCGACCCGGAAGUAUCAGACGAUGAGGGCCCGCCCCCGGAACAGUUGGCCGCAGAUGAGGAUUUGCUCGACGAUACGCCGGAAGACGAGGAUGACAUAGAGAUUGUCCACUCCAAGAUUUCAGACAUGUCGGCAUUACGGUUGGAGCGGUUCAAGCAGAUGAAGCGUCUUUGCUUGCGCCAAAACCGCAUAGAAAGCAUCGCGAUACCCGAAGACGUCGCACCCACUCUCACAGAAGUCGAUCUCUAUGACAACCUGAUAGCGCAUAUCAAAGGGCUCGAUGCCUUUACCGAACUCACGUCGCUCGACCUUUCCUUCAACAAAAUCAAGCAUAUCAAACGGCUAAACCAUAUGACCAAGUUGAAGGACCUAUACUUUGUGCAGAACAAGAUCAGCAAAAUAGAGAAUCUCGACGGGCUAUCGAAUCUGCGACAGAUCGAGCUCGGCGCAAACAGAGUGCGAGAGAUUGAAGGGCUGGAGACGCUGACGGGGCUGGAAGAGUUGUGGCUGGGCAAGAACAAGAUCACUGAGAUCAAGGGUCUGGAUAGUCUCACCAACCUCAAGAUCCUCAGCAUACAGUCGAAUCGUCUACGCUCGAUAACGGGCCUGGAAAAGCUCGUCAAUCUCGAAGAGCUGCACAUCUCGCACAAUCUCCUCACCGAGAUAUCAGGCCUGGAGAACAACGUCAAUCUAAACGUCAUCGACAUCAGCGCGAACCCGAUCGAACACCUCACCGGGUUGAAGGGCCUUAAACACCUCACGGAGUUCUGGGCGAGCAACUGCAAGUUGAGUGACUUCAACGAAAUCGAGAAGGAGCUGAGGGAUAAGGAAGAAUUAGAGACAGUCUACUUUGAGGGUAACCCACUGCAAAGGUCACAGCCAGCGUUAUACAGGAACAAGGUCCGGCUAGCGCUACCACAGGUUGUGCAAAUUGAUGCUACGUUCGUAAAACAAGUUUAG